UGAAUGACUUUCAGGAUGACGUGACAGGGUGAGUGAGGGAGAAUAUGACUGGCCAGAGGAAUCAGGUAGAAUGCUUCAGCAGGAAGGAAUCAGGAAGUAAAAAGCAGGUAGAAUGCUGCAGUAUUGAGGAAUCACUAAGCAGGAUGGAGGGAAAUGGGGGAGGGAGUAGGAAGCAGGAUGGAGGGAGUUGGGCGGAGGGAGUAGGGAGCAGGACAGUGAAAGUAUGCUGCAGCCUGAAACAAUCACUUACAAAUAGGAGGACUGCACAGACCUUAACUGGGAGGCGCGUUAAGUAUUUUCAGUACCAGAGAUUUUACAAUGGGGAGUGAGCUGGAGGCACUGUUAUUUUGCACAGAAAUGUCCUAAGAUGGACACCGUAGGGUUACCUUUAGAGCCCGUGCGUGUACAUGGUGUGGAGUAUACGAGGUUGCCCACUGCUCUCUCAGCUGUACCGAGCCUCCAGGUAGCCAGUCUUUGCCUUGCAAGCAGACACUACUGGAGCUGGUGAGCUUCUGGCGUGAAAGCUGGAGCGUGUGGAAUUUUGUAGGAACUCAAAGACAACAAAGGGUUUCUGGAGGGUCAAACUUGUCUAAUGUUCUUGGAUGAUGGUGUGACUAUGUAACAGGUUGCUGGUAUUCACAUAGCCCCAUGGGAAGUGAAGAGGAAUAAUAACCGAUGUGCAUGGUAGUCCCUGGGUGCCUGAGAAACAUCUGCUGCUGAGCCAGGUGACAUAAUCCCAAGGCCAGUGCCAUGCCUUUUCAGUACAGUGCCACCCACCACUGAUUUCCUUCUUUCCAAACGCACUAGCCAUGAGGGUGACUGGGGACGACAUGGAUGGCUUUGAGGGAGAAGCGUCUAGCACAUCUAUGGUGUCAGGGGCUAGCAGCCCAUAUCAGCCCACUACUGAACCAGUGAUGCAAGGUCGGGGACUCCGAGGCAUACGCUGCGACUUGGUUUAUAUCCGCUCUCUCAUCGGGAUCCUGAAAUGCAUUCAAGUGGUCUUGUCCCUCUUUGCAUUCAUCAGCAUUGAGACCAUCAUGGAGUGUUCGCCUUGUGAGGGCCUCUACUUCUUUGAGUUUGUCAGCUGCAGUGCAUUUGUGGUCACCGGGGUUCUUCUACUCCUGUUCAGCCUUAAUCUGCACACCCGGAUCCCUCACAUCAACUGGACCAUGACUGAUCUGGGGAACACCGUAAUAAGUGCUUUAUUUUUCUUCAUUGCUUCUGUGAUUCUGGCUUCCUUGAACCACAAAUCUGGGGCGGAAAUUUCUGCAGCGGUAUUUGGCUUCCUAGCCACUCUUUCCUACACGGUGAAUGCAGUCCUGGCACUUAGAAAGUGGAAAGCUGGUAACAGAUCACAGAAUAUUCGUCAAACAAGUGAUUACAUUCGAGCUCGCAGCGAAUCCCGUGAUGUAGACUGCCGUCCUGAAAUUCAGCGCCUAGAUGCCUGAGAGGACUCCGCACGUGAAUCUCAACUGACUUGUCUCCUGUCCAGCUGGUCCUGGUUUUUUUCUAAGGGUCAGACAACCAGAGGAUUUAACCCUGGGCAGAAACUGGUGGUUUAAAAGAAGAGCUUCACUCCAUGAAUUGUUGGAACAUUUACUGGAUGCAGGAAGGUUGCGCAAUAGUUUUCCUUUAGCAAUGUACAACUGAGUACGCUUCUCUGUAUCCCAUCCUGGGCAGUCUGAAACAUUUUGUUAUAUAUUUAGGGACAAUUUUAUUACCUAUAAUUAACACAAGUUAAUUUCAACAUUCCCAAAAUUAUGUUAUGUGGAAGUUAUUUAUUGAUUGGUGUAAUUAUUAGUUUUGUACGGAUUGUAGUUGUUCUCUGUGGGUCCAGUUUGGUACUGAACCUGAGGAAAGCUGCACUGUUUAAUUAUUUUAAGGCCAAUUAAACACAUUUUGUUUAUAGGGUUGUUCACUUGCAGAAGGUUGCUGUAUGUAUAAUAUUAGCAAGUAAAGUUGCUACUAGGUGCCACAACUUUGUAUUGAGUUUGUAUCUGGUUUUGACAUAGGACUGUCAAAGCCAGCUGUGUGCAGAUGUUAAUAAUGGGAGAUGGAUCAGCCAGAUAUCCAUACCUCAUAGGACAGUGAAUAUAAACAACUAGAGGCAAAGAGUGUGAGUUUGGGGGGCAGGGGCAUACAGCAACCAUGUGCAAGUACUGUAGGCAACUUAAAUUACAUUCAUUUGUUUGGACAUAUACUUAAAACUUAAUUACCAAUCUUAUUUCAUCAUUAAUUGUAAAAAAUUAUAUUUUUAAUCAUAAUCGCAACUUCAUGGUAAAUAGAA